ACGAUUUAGAGCGUCCCGCAGGGUUUCCAUGGUGUAGCCCUCAGCCCCGAGUCCCUCGGCUUCCUUUCCGGCCAGAGCGCUGUGAACAAGUCAGGCGGCGAGUCCCUCCCACGAUGUUGACGCCGCUUGGGGAAGGGGUUGGGAGAGCAGGUGGCGCUCUAGGCGAGUUCGUUCGCGCCUCUAUGGUGCCGAAUGCUCUUCUGCUCCGCGCGUCGGGACGUACGUUGCCCCUUUAAUCGGCGGAAGGCGGUGCCGAGGAGGUCCCGCGAGAGCGCUGGGGGGCGGGGGGCGGUGCCGAGGCUGGGGGCCUGUGGCGGAUGGAGCCUGCGAUGGAGCCGGAGACUCUGGAGGCGCGAAUCAACAGAGCCACAAACCCCCUGAACAAGGAGCUGCACUGGGCCAGCAUCAACGGCUUCUGCGAACAGCUCAACGAGGACUUUGAGGGGCCUCCACUUGCCACCCGGCUGUUGGCCCACAAGAUCCAGUCCCCACAGGAGUGGGAGGCGAUCCAGGCCCUGACGGUGCUGGAAACAUGCAUGAAGAGCUGUGGCAAGAGGUUCCACGACGAGGUGGGCAAGUUCCGUUUCCUCAACGAGCUCAUCAAGGUCGUGUCGCCCAAGUACCUGGGCUCUCGGACGUCGGAGAAGGUGAAGAACAAGAUCUUGGAGCUUCUCUACAGCUGGACGGUUGGCCUCCCUGAGGAGGUGAAGAUCGCAGAGGCCUACCAGAUGCUGAAGAAGCAGGGGAUUGUGAAGGCCGACCCCAAGCUUCCAGAUGAUGCCAUCUUUCCCCUUCCUCCGCCACGGCCCAAGAAUGUGAUCUUUGAAGACGAGGAGAAAUCCAAGAUGCUGGCCCGCCUGCUGAAGAGCUCCCACCCCGAGGACCUCCGAGCUGCCAACAAACUCAUCAAGGAGAUGGUGCAGGAGGACCAGAAGCGAAUGGAGAAGAUCUCAAAGCGGGUGAGCGCCAUCGAGGAGGUGAACAACAACGUGAAGCUGCUAACGGAGAUGGUGAUGAACCACAGCCAGGGCGGCGCGGCUGCGCAAAGUAGUGAGGACCUCAUGAAGGAACUGUACCAGCGCUGUGAGCGCUUGCGGCCCACACUCUUCCGACUGGCCAGCGACACGGAGGACAAUGAUGAGGCCUUAGCGGAGAUCCUGCAAGCCAACGACAACCUCACCCAGGUCAUCAACCUGUACAAGCAGCUGGUGCGGGGCGAGGAGGUCAACGGCGAUGCCACAGCCGCCUCCAUCCCUGGGAGCACCUCGGCCUUGUUGGACCUCUCAGGUCUGGAUCUCCCUCCGGUGGGCACCACUGACCCAGCCACGCCCACCCGCCCUGGUGACCAGGCCAGCCUGGAGCAGCCCAGCACCUCAGUUUCCCUACUUGACGAUGAGCUCAUGUCUCUGGGCCUAAGCGACCCCACACCCGCUUCAGGCCCAGGCUUGGAUGGUGCUGGGUGGAACAGCUUCCAGUCGUCUGAUGGCACUGAGCCCCCCCACCCCGCUCCAACCCCCAACGUGGACAGUCGGCCCCCGGCGCAGACGUCCCUGCCCACGAGCAGUGGUCUGGAUGACUUGGAUCUCCUGGGGAAGACCCUCCUGCAGCAGUCGCUGCCCCCGGAGUCCCAGCAAGUGCGGUGGGAGAAGCAGCAGCCAGCCCCCCGGCUCACACUCCGGGACCUGCAGAAUAAAAGCAGCUGCAGCUUGUCCAGCUCCGGCGCCACCAGCCUCCUCCACACCGUGUCCCCCGAGCCCUCUGGGCCCCUGCAGCAGCCCACACCGACGGAGCUCUCGCUGGCCAACAUCACUGUGCCUCUGGAGUCCAUCAAACCCAGCAGCAUCUUGCCGGUGACCGUGUAUGACCAACAUGGCUUCCGGGUCCUCUUCCACUUCGCCCGAGACCCACUGCCCGGGCGCUCCGAUGUGCUGGUGGUGGUGGUUUCCAUGCUGAGCACCGCCCCCCAGCCCAUCCGCAACAUUGUUUUCCAGUCAGCUGUUCCCAAGAUCAUGAAGGUGAAGCUGCAGCCGCCCUCAGGCACAGAGCUGCCAGCAUAUAACCCCAUCGUCCACCCCUCAGCCAUCACCCAGGUCCUGCUCCUUGCCAACCCCCAGAAGGUGAGGGGCCCGGCUGUGACAGGGCACUGCUGUGGGGGGGGGCAGCCUCUUUUCCCCGUCCGACCCUCUGCCUUCACCGUAUCUGCCUCAGGAGAAGGUUCGUCUCCGCUACAAGCUCCUCUUCACCGUGGGCGACCAGACCUACAACGAGAUGGGGGACGUGGACCAGUUCCCCCCACCGGAGACCUGGGGGAGCCUCUAGAACAGAGAGGGGCUGGGGAGAGGAGGGGCAACGGGACUGGCCGCCACUGAGCCUGGGUUCCCACGGCCAUAUUCCCCUGGAUCUGGUGCUUCUCCCCUCCCCACUGUGGCCCCCUCCUUCCUUGCCCUCUCCCCUGCUGAGCCAAACCCAGCAGGAGGCUAGGCCUCGGUUUGCACUGGUGGGGACCUUCAUCACAGGUGGGAGGCUGGAGCGGGGAAGUGCCGCACACGGGCCCGGAAGGACUGGAGGUCGUGGGGGAGAAGCAUGGUUGUCGGGCAAGGGCCAGGACCUCAGGCCCAGCCCCGACCCCAGCCUGGGGAGGGGUCAUCCCUGCCUGUCUCGUAUGCCUUAUGGGAAGGCCCAGCCAUAACCUGGGGCCGUGCUGGAGCCGGGACCAGCUCAGGCCUCCUCCAUAGGAACCGGGUGACUGGGGGGCGUGACGCCUGCACCCCCAGCUCUUUGCACUCUCGGGUGUGUGGUUUGAUUCUCUUAGCUUUUCUCUCUGCGUGGCCCUGUGGUCACUGUCUCAGGGGGGCCCAGUGAGGGGAGCCCCACCUCUCCCCCACUCCUCCUUGGGGUCUCCACUCUCCUUGCCCCUUUGCUGUCAGGCCUCCGGGGGGACUGUGGGAGAGACAGGUGGCCCCAGCUGGGGGCUCCCAGGCCCCUGGCCAAGGGAGGUCCUGCACUGGAGUUCUCAGUGUGUCUCUUUCAUUCAUUGGGCUUUGUCCAUCCGUCUGUCCAUGGGCAGAAGUGGGGUCAGUGUGUGAGUGAGAGCAGGAGUAUUUAUGGAAAUAAAACGUCCUUUUUCCUGGA